GUGUUCCACGUUGACGAAUUGACGCGACGCUGUUGACCUUCCACGUAGCAAGCGGCAAUGGUAGCGGUCGCGUUAUGUCGAUUUAUUCAAUCGUAGACUCAGUGACCAAGUAUAUGUGAAAUCAAAAUAGUCCUUCCACAUAACAGAAAAGAUACUUAAUAAAUAGUUCAUUAAAAUGAAGAAUUUCAGUUAUUUCCUUUUAUUAGUCAUUCCUUUGAUCAUUUUAAGUGCGAACAGAGGAUCUGGCAUAGCUUAUGCUCAAGAAGAUGAAAAUAUUGAUGAUAUAGUCGACGUUGAAGGAGAAGACAAUACAAUCAUCACUGAUGAUGAACUAGAAGAAGAAACGACUAAUGCUUCCACUGAUGCAGAUACAACUAUUUUAUUUACUAAACCUAUCUAUAACACAUUAUCUACCCUUGAAUUACCAGCUGGAAAUUUGGUAGAAUUCCUUGUUGGUUUCACCAAUAAAGGAGAAAAUGAUUUUGUUUUGGAAUCAUUGGACGCAUCCUUCCGUUAUGCCAUGGAUUUCAACUUCUACAUUCAAAACUUCUCUACGUUUACAUUUAAUAGAGUAGUCAAACCUAAACACGAAGCAACCUUGGCAUAUUCGUUCAUACCUUCAGAAACAUUUGCUGGAAGACCAUUUGGACUCAAUGUUAAUCUUAAUUAUAGAGACGCAAACGGAGUUGGUUACAGCGAAGCAGUUUAUAACGAAACUGUACAAGUAAUAGAAUUAGAUGACGGAUUGGAUGGAGAAACGGUGUUCCUUUAUGUUUUCCUUGCAGCAUGUGUUAUAUUGACUUUAGUCGGUGGCCAACAAUUACUCUCAUCUUUUGGUCGCAAAUCUCGUUCUUCCACGACACGCAAGGCGCCUAUAGAAAUGGGAACAUCUAAUCCUAAUAACGUAGAUUACGAUUGGUUACCAAAGGAAACUCUUCAUGCCCUCAAUAAGUCCCCCAGAACACCAAAACAAAAAACCAAGCAAAGAAAAGGAAAGCGGAUAUCUCCAACAAUGUCUGGAACAGAGAAUCACUCUAAUAAUCUGAAUAAUUUAUGAAACUAAUGUCUAUGAUUAAACGAACACACUCUUCAUUAGGUGAGAUAAAUAAAUACACAAACAAACAAAAAUAAAUAAUUAUGUGUAAAUUGUCAUGAUACUUGUAUUAUAAACAUCCAUCGUAUACAGUUUUCAAACAAAAACACAUUUGAUGUCGUAAUAAGCUAAUUAUUAUUUAUAAUAAUAAUAAUAUAAAAUUAGUAUAUAAUAAAAAAAUAAAAAAAGGGAAAGUAAGAAAGUAAAAGAAAAAGAGAAAACGAUAAGAAAACAACAUUGUGUCUCAUAUGUACAAUUAACAUCAAUUUUUGUAGUUCCAUAAAUAUUCUCAAGCAUACAUAUUGUUUAUUUAUAAAAUAAUAUAAGUAUGUAUGUGUUUAUGAUAAAAGAAAAAGAAAAUAAAUAUGUGAUUGUUUUAUAAUUAUACUCGUAUUGCAUACACAAAAAUGUGAUAGAAUAAACUAGUAUUGUAUAUAAGUA